AAACCACAGCGUCUUUUUUCAGCCAACAGUGUCUUAUGCCCAAAUAAAAAACAGAGCGCUUCCCCUUCUUCUUCCUCAGUUCUCGAAUCUCUCAGCGGAGCAGGAUACAGAAAUCAAACCAUAGAGGAAGCAGAACAGGGUGCCAUGGAGGAGCUGAAUCAAACACAGCAUCAACUCACCCCCGCGAGCCGCCUUGCCCUGACGAAACCCAUCCGCUGCAUCGUAAAGCUGGGAGGUGCGGCAGUUACUUGCAAAAACGAGAUAGAGAAGAUAAAUGAAGAAAAUCUUGGUAUAGUUUCGUUGCAGCUGAGGCAAGCGAUGAUUCCUGAGUCUUGCUCCGGAAAGGUUCUUGGGAUGGACUGGAGCAGGCGACCUGGAGUGUCAGAAAUUUCCUCAAAUGCGGAUGAUUUCAGAGUCCAAUCAUCGUUGGACUCUAGCAGUUUUAUUGUCGUUCAUGGCGCGGGUUCUUUUGGGCACUUUCAAGCUAGCAGAUCCGGUGUUCAUAAGGGAGGAUUGAAUCAACCUCUUGUCAAGGCUGGUUUUGUUGCAACACGCAUUUCUGUUACAUCACUGAAUCUUGAAAUAGUUAGGGCACUAGCUAGAGAGGGUAUUCCUUCCGUUGGACUGCCUCCAUUUUCAUGUGGAUGGUCAACCUGUCAAAGAAAUAUAGCCUCUGCUGAUGUCUCUGUGGUAGCUAAGGCUAUUACUGCUGGUUUUGUGCCCGUUCUACAUGGAGAUGCUGUACUUGAUGAUUCACAGGGCUGCACAAUAUUGAGCGGGGAUGUAAUUAUAAGUCAUCUUGCAGAGCAAUUAAAGCCUGAAUACGUUGUUUUUCUUACAGAUGUUUUGGGUGUGUAUGAUCGUCCACCAACCCAGCCAGAUGCAGUUCUACUGAGGGAGAUUGCCGUGGAUGAAGAUGGAAACUGGUCUAUUGCGAAACCCAAACUACAAAACAUGAAUGAGCAAGUUGAGAUCACUGUAGCAGGCCACGAUACUACUGGGGGGAUGAUGACUAAGAUAUCAGAAGCUGCAGUGAUUGCAAAACUUGGAAUUGAUGUCUACAUUGUGAAGGCAGCCACAAGCCACUCUCAAAGGGCGCUAAAUGGGGAAUUGAAAGACAACAUUCCCGAUGACUGGCUUGGCACAGUCAUCAAGUUUUCCGGCCAAAGAGCUGACUACCAGAAACUCUAGCACAUGUGGGGAAAGUAGGGAUCCCAGCUGCUAUUGUCCUUGAAUCAUGAAGACAAGCAUUGAAUGCAAGCAGGAUGAUCAUUGGACAAGUUGGACCAGGCAAGAGUAUUUUUGUCUUAGCAUGUUGUGUCAAUGGGAAAGUUAUUGGGCACCGGAAUUGCUGUAGUUAAGUGAUUAAAUUGUCAAGAUUGGGAUUUGUUCACUAUUGAAGAUUGAAUAUAUAUUUUUGUCAGGUUCAUUUUUAA